CUAUCGUCCGCAGUUCCGGGUGACGUGUUUCCGGUGCUUCUUGUGCUGAGCUCAGCUGUGGAGGAAGAUGGUUCUGCUGGAGAGUGAGCAGUUUUUGACUGAGCUGACGCGUCUGUUCCAGAAAUGCCGAACAAGCGGAAGUGUCUUCAUCACAUUAAAGAAAUACGAUGGACGGACAAAGCCAGUUCCUAGUAAGGGCCAUUCAGAAACCUUCGAACCAGCCGACAAUAAAUGUCUUUUGAGAGCCACAGAUGGAAAAAGAAAGAUCAGCACUGUGGUCAGUUCCAAAGACGUAAACAAGUUCCAGAUGGCUUACUCCAACCUACUCCGUGCAAAUAUGGAUGGACUGAAAAAGAAGGACAAGAAAAGUAAAUCAAAGAAGAGCAGUGCCGCCCAGUGAUGGACUUGGACUUCUUUUUGCUAUAGACGAGAGCAGUGAGAGAGCACAGCCUAUCUCUAUAUAACACCUCGGACCAGUCGGAACUGGUGGCAAUGAUGGGUCCAUCGAUGUACAUUGCUCUGCUGCUGCCUGUUAUAUUUUCUGAUUUUUAAAUUUUAUUUUUAUUUUGUAAUUGGAAAACAGUUUCUUUGGAUUUACUGUACAGAUUGUCCUGUUAGGACAUACAUUGUUCUGUCAUUAAAAUUAUACUGAAGUUA